CGCCAGUGUGUGUGUGUGCUCACGAGUGUAUACGCAGCGCAGAUUGCAGUUUAUUGGCGAGACUCGAUUAUACUGACUCCAGUCUUUCAAAGUACCUGCAGUACACGGGUAUCAAUACGAAAGUGUAUAGUGAUACUAUAUACAAAUAAGAUAUUGUUAGUAUAUCCACAUCGUAUAUCGAUAUUAAGUUUAAAAUACAUAUAAGAAACCGAUACUUGAUAUUAUAUAUACACAAUGGCUAAACGGGAUGAAGUCGGAGAUGAAACCAACAUCCAGGUGGUCGUUCGUUGUAGAGGCCGCAAUGAGAUGGAGAAGAAAGGCAACUACAACAGCAUAGUCGAGUGCAACGAAUCCCGCAAGCACACCGUGGAUGUGCAAUGUGUCAACCAUCAGACAAAGACCUUCACAUUCGAUAGAGUGUUUGGGCCUACUGCUACACAGCAGGAUCUCUACAAAGAUGUCGCUGCCAAUACGUUAACAGAAGUGCUGGCGGGAUACGAUUGCACUAUCUUUGCCUAUGGCCAAACAGGCACAGGCAAGACCUACACUAUGGAGGGAGUGAUCGAUGCGCAGAGUGAAUCAUGGACCAAAAGUCCCCAGGCAGGCAUCAUCCCCAGAGCUCUCAACCACCUAUUCGAUUGUGCGUGUGACGGGAAUACAUGGUGGUCUUUGAUGGUACCUGUCAUCCACUACAUGGUACCGAACUCCUUGCUACUGAACUUCGCCACAGAGAUAGACUGUCACCUCGGCAAACCCCGUUUAAACUUAAACCGCCAAGCCUUGAAUACCCUCCAGGGCAACGUACGCGUCGAUGGUAUGGAGGAGGUACCUGUGGUGGACAAACAGGAUGUGUACAAUGUGUUGUUAAGGGGAUCGCAGAAACGGCAGGUGGCCUCCACCAAUAUGAACCAGAACUCGAGUCGGUCACACACGAUCUUCACAGUCUAUGUCCACAUCAAAGAGACCAACGAUCGAGGCGAGGAGCUGAUCCGUAUGGGAAAACUGAAUAUGGUUGAUUUGGCUGGGUCGGAGAACAUUGGCCGCAGCGGUGCGGUGCAUGUGCGUGCACGAGAGGCUGGCAGUAUCAACAAGAGUCUGCAUGCGCUGGGACGGGUGAUCACUCAGUUGGUAGACAGAUCAGCGCAUAUCUCGUACAGGGAUAGUCUUCUCACCCGUAUGCUGCAAGAUUCGUUGGGUGGCAGGGCUAAGACGACCAUCAUCGCCACCAUCUCACCUGCCAGCAGCAACGCUGAGGAGUCACUCAGCACUCUCGACUACGCUGCACGCGCAAAAAACAUUAAGAACAGGCCAGAACGCAAGGCAACACUCACCAAGAAGUGCGUGCGUACAUGUAUUGCGUAA